GAAUUUUUAUUGAGGUCUGAAAUUCAUUAAUAUACUUUAAAUUCAAAAACAGCAUUGGUCAAGACUUACCUUCUUGUUUUUUAAAAAAAAUGGCAAUUAGCUAACAUGAAAAUGAGGUUCUUCGAAAUACUACAAACUGGCUAAAUAUUUAGCCAUGCACACAAACAACUGUCUUCCAAUCCUUAUUGCAUACUGGAUCAAUGCCCAUAAAAAUACAACAAUAAGCUUCACUAUCCAUUUGUUCAGUAACCCGUUCAUAGAAUUUUAACAUGUACUAGAAAAACGGUAAUGUAGACGACUUGUAACAUUAAUCAUACACAUCAGGAUCGAAUGCCGUACAUAGAUUGUGGCCUGUACUGAACGCCUUGUCGUUAUCAGCAGGUGAAGCUGAAAUUCCCACCAUGAAAGUGCUUUGCACCGAUUAUUUUGAAAGGCUGUGGACGUAAAUAAAAUAAAAUCAUUACGAAUGUAUGGCAGUUUUCCUGAGCUUUAUUAUAAGGUGUAGGAAACCAAAUAAAAAAACUAGGAUCGCGAAACUCAAAGCGGACAAAAGGGUGCGGAAUAGUAUUUAAGUAGAACUUUAAGUAACAAGACUUUAAAUUUUACCGUUAUAACUCGCAAAGUGAUGGAUAUGACAGCGACAAAGUUUCGACCAAACACUUUAGAAAUUACUUAUUUCAAGGCACAAAGCUAAAUAAACAUAACAAAAUAUUACAUUUGUGUUGACUGAUAUGGAGUGCGUUCCCUAGAAUAAUUAGUUAAGAUUUCGUCGUUGAAAAAUUAUGGAUUGACAAAAACAUCUUAAUUGUAGACGGAAGUAGUAAACUUUGAGAUAUUUUUGACCGUACUUUAGGUUUAAAAAUGAAUAUUAGUUAGGCUUACAUAUUCUUGAAAUUUUUUUACUGACGUUUAAGGGAUUUUUGAUUUUAUUGAUGAAUCUAAGCGUAUGGUAUUAUUUUGAAAAUCAUAAACGUAGACUAAACUUCAACGUACUAUGAGAACAAAGAUUUAAAAAACACAACUGGCUCUGCAGAAACUCAUAUUAAAAGCUUAAUUGAACUAAUUCCAUGCAAGUGUCAUGGAAAAGACCCGUCAGUUCAUAAACUAACGUUAUUAUCAGACACAUUGGAUUUCAAGUACUAUGAUGCAUCGAAGAGCAUAUUGAAUGGAAGUAUGAGCACAAUUGAUAAUUUUGUUACAUCUUUCCAUUUCGAGUGUUUAAAUAGUAACGCAUUUGCGUAUAUUUGUACAUUACUACACCAGCAAACCUUAAUAUGGUAUAAAAAGAUAUUAUUUGUGGCUUAAUUUGCCGAAUAACUAUAAAUACCGCUUUUUAAAUUCAUGAAGAUCAAGUCGCAAGGAAUCUGUUCAAGAGAAUCCACCAAUGACGUGACUAAGAGUCUGUCUUAUUCUGACUACUACAUAUGGUGGCAUACUUUGGCCCCAUAAUUGAAGUUACCACUUUCAGCAUCAAUAUUAAUUCAAUCUGUCAUUUUAGUCCUCCUAUGAAAAAAUUAUGUUUUAUGUAGUAUGUUACAUUUCCAUAUGGUCUAUAAUUUUUCGAGUUCCAAUGACGGUUUAUUUACCUUACCUGAGAGCUAUAGUUACUUAAUACUAAACUAUUAUUAGGAACAAUAACAAUGAGAAGCGUAUAUAGCACACCAUUGUCGCUGUACCUAGGAUACAACCUACCUACCUCACCGCCUUCGAUGGAUCAAGAAAAUCAUGAAAACAUCACCAGUGUAUCCAACUAAGUAGGUAUCCCGUCGAGACAUCAACACCGUAGAUGUCACUUGUCAGUAGCUGGAAAAGAGAGCCUAAAGCAGAGAUUUUCGAAGAUCUUUGGUCAUCCAUCGAUGUCCCAAAAAGGCAUGAGGCUUAAAUAAGCAAUCAACUUUAGGCAACGUUUGACAAUAUUUUUAAUAUAUUGAGGAAAUCGACGUACAUUCAUCAUGCUUCUUGCGUACGCUUAAUUGUUUUGGUUAUACAUUAGUAGUGAUUAACCUACAAAUGGAGUCGUGGAUAUAUCUGAAGUCUUUUACUGAUGCUUUUUGCAUACAUAAUAGCUUUAUUUCUGUUCCUUCAUUUUACGCUUUCGCAUAAAUUUGACUUCUAUUCCAGCUGAAUUAUGAGAAAGUUUAAGUUAACCUUGUCAACAUUCUAAAAGACGUUUGUUACCUUUGUUAUAAGUCCUGCCGAUGAAAAAUUCAUUCUCUUUACGCACAAAUAAUUCAAAUACCGAAGUCAAGCUUCUACGAUCAAAAGAUGACCUAAUACACGAACUCGUGACUUCUGAAAUUAAAUACAUAAGUUACCUCAGGAAGGUUUUAAAGUACUUUGCAAGGCCCUUAAUUGACCGCAGAUACUUGCCAGAAGAUAUACACUCUGAAAUUUUUGGACGUCUCGUGCCCAUCUUAAGUGUCAAUGAAACUCUUCUUGAGUCUGUUUUAACUGUUGGAGUAGAGAAAGCAUUUCUGAAAAUUUCUCCAUGUCUGAAAUUAUAUGCAGAUUAUGCCAACCGCUACCAAACUAACGUUGUGUUUAUGGAGACUUGUAAUGCAUUCAUACCAGGACUAAUGGAGUUUAUAAAUAAACAAGAAAGCUUACCAGAUGUUAAUUUACAGCUUUCAGCACUCCUCAUAAUGCCCAUACAGCGCAUUCCUCGGUAUUCUUUAAUACUCCAAGAACUUGUUAUCAUUUGCCUUCAACUGGACGGUUUAAGUAAUCCCGAAGCAAAUAAAUGUGCCAUUAGUAUUAACGAAGCUGCUCGUCAACAUUUUAUGAUACCAGAAUAUGCAGCCACUCUUAUUUUAAAACUAUCGGAUAAUCAUCAUCAAGUGCAUUACUCUCCAGAAUCUCAUGAUUCAAGUUUUUCAGAUCUGAAACGUUAUAUUCAUAGAAUGUGUGCUUCCACAAUUAUUCUUAUUGCAGGUUUUGCUAGUGUGGUAGCGACAGCAACAUUUUUAAAUGAACAGAUUAGAAUCAGUGAGCAAGCUACUAAGGCCGCUUUAUUGCAAUCAAGACUUUUUGGCAAAUGGUCGCAAAACCUCAUUCUAGUACCUGGGCGUAAACUAUUGAAGUAUGGAUUGGUGAAAAAGGUGAAUUCUCUCGAUGGAGUUGCAGAAACUCGUUUACUAGUGAUUAUGUCUGAUAUACUGAUAUGUGCUAAACCGCGAACCCAGACGGAGUUGGAAUUCAUUUUCAGCAAGAAAAAAUGUGUUUAUAGUCGAAAAUAUCCUAAUCCUUUUACACAGUUUUACGGAAGAAAAAUGUCUUUAGGGUUUAUAAAACAUAUUCGAAAGUCGAAUGACACAAACUCAUUGAUUCACGUUCCUAAAUUUUCUAAAUCAGUCUCACAAAGUUCUAACUCUCAAACUUUUAACGAUUCAACUGAUUUUUUAACAGAUAGUAAAGUUUGUUUUUCAUGUGUUGCUGUCUAUCCUCUUCAUCACUGUCAUGUUCAAAUUCAUUUUAAACCACAUAAUACGUUUCUGCAACCGAUUCCUGAGUCUCCUGAAUGUUGUCAAUCAAAUCAAAACAACUCAGUAUUCAUUUCACCAAUUUCUAUCGGAGGAUUUAGUCGUCACACUGCAUCAACACCAUUGGCGUUCGAUGAAUAUGCAUGUGGAUCAACAUCUGUUGUAAGACUGAAGUCGGAUUCAUUUAUUACCUUCAAUGAAGAUGACUACACAAUGAGACACCCUGAACCUUUGAAUGAAUACAGUUUCACUGUGCACUGUCGUGAUGCUAACUUUACUAUCGUGAAUGGUAAUUUAACUGAAGCUGAAGAUUGGAUAUCUAGUUUGGAGACAGCCAUUCAAGCUGUUAAAACAGCACGAAAAAGCCUUCGUAAGGAAAGCAGUGCGAAGUGGCCAAUGCGUGCUUCAGAUUUUAUUCAAUUUGAACAAUGGCUAGAACAGAAACGUAUAGUCGAAGAGUCAAUGAAAUCUUCUCGAAUCUUUCAAAGGAUGGGAAUGGAAGAGUUGACCAUUGAUAAUCCCCUUUCACCAGUAAAUUUUCUUGAGUCAUCUAGAAUGGAACAAAAACUUGAAGAAUAUCGUAGACGUAAAUCCAUCGGCUGUGAUACCGAAAAAAACAAUCGGCUUUCUUAUAUGUUUUGUGAGUCUGGUAGUCUUGAACUUAAUCCCAAAAAAUCAAAACGUGGUAAACAAUGUGGACUGUUUUGUCAUUCGUUUAUGUCUAAAUUUAAAGAAAAUAACUUAGUUAAUGCCUCAGUACUUUAUCAUUCAAACGAUUCUGUUCGUUUGUUAUCCAUAACAAGCAUUGCUGAUAAGCCCACAUCAAAUUCCAUUCCGUUCAAUACAAGAAAUCAUUUGUACAGCAGUGAUCGUUGUUACCAUUUGGGUGAUACUCAUCGUUGUUCAUUUCCAUCUCAAUUAGCCCAAUCGUUUAGCGGAUGUUUGUGCAUGUAAAAUGCUUGCAAACAGGUAUCUGUGCUCUUAAACUAGUCAAUAGACGCGAAUGAAGCCAAUUCGUAAUAACUUGGAUUAAAUAUACGCUUCUACAUAAACUAUAAGUGAACAGCACUUUCAACUACUCAUGAGCAUUAUUUAAAAUAUCAAAUUGUUGUAACCUCGAAUUCAGAUUUCAUUUUUUCAUUUUGUAUUUUAGAUAAAAUCUUAAAUAAAACCACUGCUUACUCCGAGUAUUAUUUUUAUUCUUAUUCCCACAGAGAAUAAUCAUUCAUCUAUACUGUAUACUUUUGUCUAGUUUCUUCUUUAUACUCUACUUUUUUUCAUAAAUCUUCCAUCUUUUAUUUUUGUAUCCGAUAUUACAGAUGUAUUUUAAACACAAGCGUUGAUUUGUAAACUGACAGAGAUUGUUCCAGUUGUAUCUUGAUGAAAUGUAAUUUUUGUUCUCUUGACUUAUCUUAUACCUUUCCUAUUUUAUACAACUAAAAACGUAAUGCAAACUGGAAUAUUCCAGUUUUUAUUUUAAUUAUGUUUCCGACUUGUCAAUAAUUAUGUUGAUUUCUUGUUUUUUUGUACCACUUAUUACCACUUUGUACUUUUUAAAAAAAUGUUAAUUAUGUAGAAUAAAGCGACUAUUGUUUUUUUCCAAUUUGAGUAGAGCAAGAUAACAUUAAUUAUUAUACUUUGAAAUUUGUC